GAGUCUUACAGGGAGGGGCAAAGACUGCUUUAGCUUGUCAACGGCACGCUUUCAUCCUCGCGGAGGACACAGCUGUUUUCAUGCUGACCAGAUGACUUCCAAGACUUCCAUUUUGCUGACUUUGCUUACAGUCACAUUAUCUGAUGUAUGUGCCAGAGUCUGAGUAGCUUUCACUGACUUUGCUGGAUUCUCCCACGUGCUGCUUGAACAGCCUUCCUAGUGUUUUUCCACUCACUCGACAUGGACAGUGAGGAUUCAGACAAGAUACAGAUUGGCGAAAACAAAUUUGUAAGCAAGAGCACUCUUCUCUCACAGCUUAACACAUACAACCUUUACUACAAAGGAGAAGCCCUCCAGCUGAGACACAGAGAGGAGGAAGGAGAGUUGAUCAUAGAGGGCUUGCUCAAUGUUUUUUGGGGCGUACAGCGGCCAAUCAGACUGCAGAUGCAGGACGAGAAGGAGGCAGACAGGCCACGCCCCUCAUUAACAUCUCUGAGCGCCGAAACGGACAUCAACACACUCAAUGAGGUCACUACAGCAGACGACCAAUCAAAAGACGUCAGUGAAGGGAAGGAAGAGACAGAUGAGGAGCAGCAGGAGUCGACACACUCCGAUCGUCUCGGCAGGGCCAAGAGUGAUGUCGGUGGAAGGAGAAUUAGUGGACGACGGCUUGGAAUCAGGAGAGUCAAGAGAAACCGAUGCUCCUUCAACGGCCACUUUUAUAACCACAAGACGGCAGUUUUUACCCCUAAGUUCGGCUCUGUGACCAAUGUCCGCGUCAACAGCUGUAUGACGACAGCACAGGUCAUGCGAGUGCUGCUUAACAAGUUCAAGAUCGAGAACAGCCCGGAUGAAUUCAGCCUUUAUAUCGUCCACACCAGUGGAGAGAGACAUCAGCUGAAGCCUAAUGACCAUCCUUUGGCGCUCAGGGUUUUGCAAGGCCCUUGUGAACAGGUCAGCAAAAUGUUCCUAAUGGAGACGGACCAGAUGGAAGAGGUCACCCAUGAUGUGGCACAAUACAUCAAGUUUGAGCUUCCUGUUUUACAAAGCUUCAUUGCUAAGCUGCAAGAGGAAGAAGAAAGAGAGAUGCAGAAACUGAAGAAGAGGUACACAGAUAUGCGCCGUAUCAUCAAGAAAUACAUGCGGUCUUUAGCUGAUUCAACUACAUGAUGAAGCUGUGCAGGCAUGUAUCACUCAUGGACACCAUCCUUAAAGCACCAACAGUGACAAAACAGCGCUGUCUCAGGAACAUAUUUUUAGUUAAAUUUGGCUUUUAUUAUCUUCACGUAAUAUAUAAUACAGCAGUAUCCAAAGGUACCAAGACUUUCUCUAAAUAAGCUUCAUUGGAUAAACAGCAGACUGUUACUUAGCCUUCUUUUUUUUACAAAGGAAAGCAAAUGGGUCAAAAAAUGUAACAUUGUUUGACUUUCACUCAUGCACAGUGAUAAUAAUAAUAAUAAUAAGCCGUAAGAAUGGUAAUUCAAAAUUUGAUAUAAUGUAGAGCCCAUAUUGUGAAGAAAUAGACAAUGUGAAAAAAAAUAAAAUCUAAUGUAUUUGCUUUAUUUAAUUGCAGAAUAUUUGUAAUAAUGUCUAUUGGUAUUAAAAUUAUUUAAUAUCUUUUUUUUGUAAUGUAUUUUACAGUGUAUGUGCACAUUUUUGCCCUUGAUAAUAAAAACUUUGAGAAAAUUA